AUGAUAUAAGAAAAGAAUAUUGUAAAGAAAAAAAAAAAAAAAAAUAUUUAAAGUAUAUUGCUAAAACAAAACGUUAAAAUAAAAAUAAAUAUAAAAAAUUAAAGUUUAUUCAAUAUAAAAUAUAAGAAAUUAAAAAAAAUUAAACAAAUAAAUAUAUACAAAUACAUAUAUAUAUAUAUAUAUAUAUAUAUAUAUAUAUAUAAUUUUAUAAGUUAAUUAAUAAAAAUAAAAAAAAAAUAGUCAUCAAGCAGUGAAUGUGUAAAAGUAAUGGUAAGAUGUCGUCCUAUGAACACAAAAGAAAAAAGUUAACAAUGCCAAAAAUGUAUAGACAUCGACAUGUAAACAAACUAGAUUUCUUUAACAAAAAUUAACGAAUAAGACAAUUUUAAAACAUUUACUUUCGACAAUUUGUUUUCUUCGGACUGCACUUAAUAAUAUAUAUAUGAAUAAAGUGCAUUUUAGUUAGUAGAAAGUAUUUUCGAAGGAUAUAAUGGGACAAUAUUCGCAUAUGGACAAACCGGAUGUGGUAAAACGUUCACAAUGAUGGGAGAUCCUUAAAGUGAGAUUAUGAAAGGCAUAAUUCCUAGGUCUUUUAGUCAUAUUAUGAAUAUUAUACAGAGCGAAAAUAAAAAAGAGUUUUUAGUUAGAUGUUCUUUUAUUGAAAUUUAUAAUGAAGAAAUACACGAUUUAUUAAGUAAAGAUGUUAAGGCAAGGUAUGAAUUAAAAGAAUCACCAGAAUAAGGAAUUUUUGUAAAAGAUUUAAAUAAAGUUGUGGUAAAAUCAGUAUAGGAUAUGGAAAAUUUGAUGAAUACAGGAAAUAAAAAUAGAUCUACAGAAAUUAGUGAAGAAAAUGAAAAAGGAGAAUAUAAAAUUCGAGCUGGGAAAUUUAAUUUAGUUGAUCUUGCUGGAAGCGAACGUCAAAGUAAAACUUAAACAUCAGGUGAAAGAUUAAAGGAAGCUAAUAAAAUAAAUCUAUCUUUAAGUGCUUUAGGGAAUGUUAUUUCUGCAUUAGUAGAUGGGAAACAUUCACAUAUUCCAUAUAGAGAUUCUAAAUUAACUCGUUUAUUGUAAGAUUCUUUGGGAGGAAAUACCAAGACUAUUAUGAUAGCGGCAGUUUCUCCUGCAGAUUAUAAUUAUGAUGAAACUUUGGGUACUUUAAGGUAUGCUUCGAGGGCUAAAUGCAUAAAAAAUAAACCUAAAAUUAAUGAAGAUCCUAAAGAUACUAUGCUUAGGGAAUUUGCAGAAGAAAUUUAAAGAUUAAAAAAAAUAUUGGAGGGUUAAAAUUAAAAUAAUGGAGGAGGAGGAGAAGGUGAAGGAGAAAUUUAGAAAUUAAAAUAAGGAUUUGAUGCAUUGAAUAUUGAUAAAUAAAGAAUGGAAUAUGAAUUAAAAGAAAGGGAACUUUAAGUUGAGAAAGAAAAAGAAUAAAGAAGGCAAAUGUAGGAAUUAUUAGAGUCUUUGUAAUAGUAAAAAUUAGUUGGGGGUGUUGGGAAUUAAAAUAAAGGCGAAAAUGAUGAUAAAGCAAGGAAAGAAUAUUUAGAAAUGAGAAAAAAACUAAAGAAAUAAUAAAAAGAACAUGAAAAAUUAAUACUUAGUAAUAAAAAAAAAGAAGAAGAAAUUUUGUUAGCCGAAUAAAAUUAUUAAUCUUUAUAAGAAGAAGUGGAAGCUUAAAGAAAAAUAAUUAAAAAAUUAAAAAAUAAAUACAAAUAAUCAAUAAACGAAAUUAAAGAUAUUGAAAAGGAAGGGUUGGAAGAAAAAGAAGAACUUUUGGGAACUAUUAGGAUUUUAGAAAAAGAAAAUAACCUUUUACAAGCAAUUAUAGAUGUAGCAUUAAAAAAAGAAGAAUUCGAUAUAAUAAAGAGUUAAUGUGAAUGGAAUGAUGAUAAAAAUACUUACAAAGUUCCUUAAUUUUAUUUUAAAAAUAAAGAAAUUAAAUUUCCAAAAAUUCCUUUAUAAUAAGGUAAAUAAAUUUAAAUAAAUAAAUAUUAUAAAUAAAUAUGA